AUGAGUUACGAUGAUUUUUAUGAUAAUCCAACUUUUAACAACUGUUAAUUUCGUUGUGAACAACUCUUUUCCGAUGCUGAAAUACAAUAGUCUUAAAUUCAAAGCAUAAGCUAGGAAAAGGCAAAAGAUUUACAGGUUUUUGACAAUUAACAAUCCUAAGCUGUCGUUGAAGAAGUCAAUCUGAAAUACAAAUGUGAUUAUUGCAGUUGUGAAUUCGAAAUACCUUAGGCUAAAGGAGGACAUACUGCAAAAUGUCAUUCUAAAAAAUCAGAGAGUUAUUAAAAAAAAUAGGACACAAAAGUUGCCCGAUAGCCAAUAGUCAUGUCAAAUAGGAGAUUACAAGCUAUAGCAUACUAAGCCCUGUUCGAGUGA